UCUGGUGGCGAGUGCUAAUCCAGAGGUUUUUUAUGGUUCUAAAUCGCCAUACUUCACUACAGAUACAAGUGACCGUGGAGUAUUCAUUUGUUGGAGAGGCUGGUAGCUACAGCGCUGACAUAAUCUAUAUGGUCUUAUCCAAAGGAGUGAUCGUCCUCCAUGGAUUUCAGACGGUUAAAGCAAAGACUGGUGAUGCAGACACAAGUGGCUCUGUGACGUUCCAGUUGUCUGUCAGCGUCGAUAUGGCUCCAGCGGUGCAGAUUCUGGUCUACAGCGUUCUUCCCAGUGAGAAUGUAGUUGCUGCUAAUGUGCCGUUUGACACCGAUAUGUGUUUCCAGAACCAGGUACUGUAUGAUGUGGCUAUUUUUCAAUUUGGGAAUAUUGGUGUGGGUCCUACAGUGUGUUGGUCCUUGUUCCAGGUGUCUCUGCUGUUUUCUCCAGCUACGGCUGUUCCUGCGGAGGGAAACGCUCUGAUGGUUUCUGCUCAAGCAGGAUCUCUGUGUGGUAGAUCAGAGCGUCUGGAUCAUGGAGCCAGGAAGACGUCUGAGUGCUGA